AAAUAUAGGCAGCACUCCGUUUGAUGCAUUUGUUUGAUCAAUUAGUAAAAGUAAAGUAAAAAUAUCUCUGCUCUCUUGGUUUCAAUUGGUCAAUCAAUUCGAAAUUUUCGGAGAGUAUAGUUCUCGGAAAUGUCAUCUUCUGCUAUCACCAGUAUCACAUAUCACCUUGAGCGCCGGAAAUCAUAUCGAGUUUGAUGAUUGUAUCCCAUGCAAUAUGCUUCCCAUGUGUGUUGAGUGUAUGAAAUUAAAUAUAAUUAAAUCUGUUCAAGUAAAAUAAAAUCUAAAUAAACAGUGGUAUAUUAUGGAAAGAAGAUGACAAUGAAUAUUGCCAGAGGAAUGGAAUUAAUUCUUGGUAGAAUAAAUCACUUAAAAGAACGCUUAUUCUCACCUAAAAACUUACUAUAUACGAAUGUAGGGAUAUCGAUUUCUCUUUCUGGGACAGGAGACAUUUUAGAGCAGCAUUAUGAGAUAUUAAAGGGUGAAUGGGAUAGAUGGAGUUUUAUCAGAACAAGAAACAUGGCCAUAUCUGGCAUGUCUAUUGGUAUAGUUUGUCAUUAUUGGUACAAUUUCUUGGAUACUAAAAUGGCUGGACGCACCAUCAGUACAGUUCUAAAAAAGGUGGUUGUAGAUCAAUUGAUUUGCUCACCUCUUUGUAUAAGUAUGUUUUUCUUGACACUAGCUGUACUAGAAAAUAGUAGCUUUGCAGAAUUUAAAGAUGAAGUCCGAAAAAAGGCACAUAGAUUGUACAUAGCUGAAUGGGUCAUAUGGCCUCCAGCACAAGUCAUUAAUUUUUAUUUUCUUCCCACACGGUACAGAGUGCUUUAUGAUAAUAUGAUAUCUCUUGGUUAUGAUGUGUAUACCAGCCAUGUAAAGCACGAUAUACGAAGUUAAUAGUUAAUAUAAUAUUUUGGUUAAUAGAACAAUUUGAAUGAGAUUACAAACAGAAAUAGAAUUUAAGUAACAAAUUAAAUAAACUUAUUUGUCAAUUUGUAGGAAGCUUCUCUUGUAUCGCAGGUUUUUUGUGACUUUUACAAUAAUUCCCUGCAGGCAGGACUAAGAAUUCAAUCUCUGACAUAUUUAUUGUAACAUAUUUAAUUGGAUAUAUAUAUUGUACAUACUUUGUGUAUAUAAUAUAUAUAUCUAUUAUAUAAUUAAAACUGAAUAAGUUUGUAAAAUUAUAA